CUUCUGCCUCCCAAGUUCAGGUACUGAAGGCGUGCACCACCACACCCAGAUUCAGUCUUUUAAAUGGCUACUAACUGGGGGCUGGAAAGAUGGCUUAGUGAUUAAAACCCCCUGGUUGUUCUUUCAGGGGACCUGGGUUCCAUUCCCGGCACGAAUGUGUACAGAGACAGCUGCCGGUAGAACACCCAUACAUAUCAAAGAAAUGCUGGAAAUCAGCAACAGUAACAAACCAACAAUGAGCCUGUACUAACUGCGUGUGCAGUCAUAAAUAGCACGUGUUUAUAUUUAUGCAAAUGGUUGUGCUCCGUGUUUACCUUGGGCAUUUGCACUUGGAAACUGUUGCAUAUAGCUUACAUGUAUAGUGUGUAUGUUUGUGGAUCCAUAGCACACAUGUGGAAGUCAGAGGACAACCUGUGGAAGUCAGUUUCUGCCCCCCACAACCCCCAUCCCCACCAGGAAGCUCCUAGGGUUCAAACUAAGAUUGUUAGGCUUGGCAGCAAGUACCACCAUCUGAUCCAUCUUGCUGGCCCUCAUUCAUUUUUAAAAUCUGUUUUUUUGGGGUUUUUUUUUUCCUGUAUACUACAUCAGAAUUUACCAUUCUUCUCCUUAUGGCAUCUGGAUUGUUCUUAGUUUUCCCCCUAGGCAACAAUGAGACAGAGAAGGGAAGAAUGUCCUUGUGUGUGUCCACGUGGAUAGGGGAGUUUUACCACAGCCUAUCCACCUCGGUGCUGCCAACAGUUUGGGAUGGGUAGAUGCUGAGCUAGCAUGUACAUUUUAGAAUUUCUUGUGGCCUUCCUGCCGUCUGCUUACUAGAGACCAGUGUGGUACUUUCCGGUUCUAGUAACCAGGAAUGUUGCCUGACGGAUCUCUCUCUGGUGCCACAAAAUCACUAGAGUUUCCAUUAACACUCGAGGCAUAUGCACGUAGAGUGGAACUGCCAGCUAGUUCUGAUCCAAAUUCACAAGAUGUUUUCACCAGGGUGGCCUUAGUUAGGACGUCCUUUCCAGUGUAGCUGCUGCUAUAACAGAGCUUGUCUUAGGCCAGCGUUGGUCUUGCAGUACUGAAGGACUGGAUGGACCACUGAGAUUGUAGUUCGAACGGAUUGAGAACUGCUGUGUGAAUGUUUACCCUCAACCCUCAGUCAGCACCAGACUUCCCUGCUUGAACUGAUUCUCUGGAUUUGGAUAUCUUUUUUUCAGGAAUCAACAGUAGCCUUCCUUGGAGAACUGCUUCUUCUAUUUGCUGCCUGGAGUUAACAUUGUUUCCUGCUGGCAGAAUCAGGGACAUGCCAGCACUUUCCCUCUCAUUGUCUAGUUCCCUGUACCCCAUCCCUACCCACUGUAAGGGCGCUGGAUUCUAAGCUGAUGGGGUGCUCACUUCUGCAGAGCGGGAUGAGUGGGUGUUCCGGCGGGGAUGUGGUCAUUGACGGCCCAUGAGGACGAGAGCACUACGGCCCACUUCUUCCUCGGAGCUGGAGAUGAGGGCUUGGGUACCUGUGGAAUAGGCAUGAGGAUGGAAGAGAGUGACAGUGAGCUCCUUGAGGACGAGGAGGAUGAAGUGCCUCCAGAACCUCAGAUUAUUGUUGGCAUCUGUGCCAUGACCAAGAAAUCCAAGUCCAAGCCAAUGACUCAAAUCCUAGAGCGACUCUGCAGGUUUGACUACCUGACUGUUGUCAUCCUGGGAGAAGAUGUCAUCCUCAACGAACCUGUGGAGAACUGGCCGUCCUGCCACUGUCUCAUUUCUUUCCACUCCAAAGGCUUUCCACUGGACAAAGCUGUUGCUUACUCCAAGCUUCGAAACCCCUUCCUUAUCAAUGAUCUGGCCAUGCAGUAUUACAUCCAAGAUAGGAGAGAGGUGUACCGGAUCCUGCAGGAGGAGGGUAUUGAUCUGCCAAGAUACGCCGUGCUCAACCGUGACCCCGCCUGUCCUGAGGAGUGCAGCCUGAUAGAAGGUGAAGACCAGGUGGAGGUCAAUGGAGCUGUCUUUCCCAAGCCCUUUGUGGAGAAGCCAGUGAGUGCAGAGGACCACAAUGUUUACAUCUACUACCCCAGCUCUGCUGGAGGAGGAAGCCAGCGCCUCUUUCGUAAGAUCGGCAGUCGGAGCAGCGUUUACUCUCCCGAGAGCAGCGUCCGGAAGACAGGAUCAUACAUCUAUGAGGAGUUUAUGCCAACAGAUGGCACAGAUGUUAAGGUGUAUACAGUGGGGCCCGAUUAUGCCCAUGCUGAAGCUAGAAAGUCUCCAGCUCUGGAUGGGAAGGUUGAACGAGACAGCGAGGGGAAGGAGGUUCGCUAUCCAGUCAUGCUGACCGCCAUGGAAAAGCUAGUAGCCAGGAAAGUCUGCGUAGCUUUUAAGCAAACAGUCUGUGGGUUUGACCUUCUUCGUGCCAACGGUCACUCCUUUGUGUGUGAUGUCAAUGGCUUUAGCUUUGUCAAGAACUCAAUGAAAUAUUAUGAUGACUGUGCCAAGAUUCUUGGGAACACCAUUAUGCGGGAGCUUGCCCCACAGUUCCAGAUCCCAUGGUCCAUCCCCACAGAAGCCGAGGACAUUCCCAUUGUCCCUACCACAUCUGGCACUAUGAUGGAGCUCCGCUGUGUCAUCGCAAUUAUCCGUCAUGGAGAUCGAACUCCAAAGCAGAAGAUGAAGAUGGAAGUGACCCACCCGAGGUUUUUUGCUCUCUUUGAAAAACAUGGUGGAUACAAGACGGGAAAAUUAAAACUUAAGCGACCUGAGCAGCUCCAGGAAGUGCUGGACAUUACGAGGCUCCUGCUGGCUGAACUGGAGAAAGAACCAGGCACUGAGAUUGAGGAGAAGAGUGGGAAGCUGGAGCAGCUGAAGUCUGUGCUGGAGAUGUACGGCCACUUCUCGGGUAUCAAUCGGAAGGUGCAGCUGACUUACUACCCCCACGGAGUGAAAGCUUCCAACGAGGGCCAAGAUCCACAGAGGGAAGCCCUGGCUCCGUCUCUCUUGCUGGUACUGAAGUGGGGUGGAGAGCUGACUCCUGAUGGCCGUGUGCAGGCCGAGGAGCUGGGGCGAGCUUUUCGCUGCAUGUACCCUGGAGGCCAGGGUGACUAUGCUGGCUUCCCUGGCUGUGGGCUGCUUCGCCUCCACAGCACUUUCCGUCACGACCUCAAGAUCUACGCAUCCGACGAGGGUCGCGUCCAGAUGACUGCUGCUGCCUUCGCGAAGGGCCUCCUGGCUCUAGAAGGGGAGCUAACACCCAUUUUGGUGCAAAUGGUGAAGAGCGCCAACAUGAACGGACUGCUGGACAGCGACAGUGACUCCCUGAGCAGCUGUCAGCACCGCGUCAAGGCACGGCUGCAUCACAUUUUGCAGCAGGAUGCACCCUUUGGCCCCGAGGACUAUGACCAGCUGGCUCCCACCGGAAGCACUUCUCUCCUCAACUCCAUGUCUAUAAUCCAGAAUCCUGUCAAAGUCUGUAAUCAGGUGUUUUCCCUGAUUGAAAACCUAACCCACCAGAUUCGGGAACGGAUGCAGGACCCCAGCUCUGUAGACCUGCAGCUCUACCACAGUGAGACACUAGAGCUAAUGCUGCAGCGUUGGAGCAAACUAGAGCGUGACUUUCGGCACAAGAGCGGGCGCUAUGACAUCAGCAAGAUCCCUGAUAUCUACGACUGUGUCAAGUAUGAUGUGCAGCAUAACGGGAGUCUGGGGCUUCAGGGCACAGCCGAGUUGCUGCAUCUUUCAAAAGCUCUGGCCGAUGUGGUCAUUCCCCAGGAGUAUGGGAUUAGUCGGGAGGAGAAAAUGGAAAUUGCUGUGGGCUUCUGUCUUCCACUUCUGCGGAAAAUCCUGCUUGACCUACAGAGAACCCACGAGGAUGAGUCUGUCAACAAGCUGCAUCCCCUGUACUCCCGUGGAGUGCUCUCUCCAGGGCGCCAUGUUCGAACACGUCUGUAUUUCACCAGCGAAAGUCACGUUCACUCCCUACUCAGUGUCUUCCGUUAUGGGGGACUUCUUGAUGAGACCCAGGAUGCACAGUGGCAGCGAGCUUUGGCUUAUCUUAGUGCCAUCUCAGAGCUCAACUACAUGACCCAGAUUGUUAUCAUGCUUUAUGAGGACAACACACGGGACCCAUUGUCGGAGGAACGAUUCCAUGUGGAGCUCCACUUCAGCCCUGGGGUGAAAGGUAUUGAAGAGGGCAGUGCCCCAGCUGGCUGUGGAUUCCGCCCAGCUUCUUCAGAGAAUGAGGAGAUGAAAGCAGAUCAAGGCAGCAUAGAGAACCUGUGCCCAGGGAAGGCCUCAGAUGAACCAGACCGAGCAUUGCAGACCUCUCCCCAACCUGUCGAGGGCACUGGCCUUCCAAGGAGGUCACCCCUCAUUCGGAAUCGAAAAGCUGGCUCCAUGGAGGUCAUGAACAUGCAGUGCACGGGGAACCUGGACCUGAUCCCCUUGAGGGGACGGCGCCGCAGGAGGUCAGGAGACCUCCCUCGGCUUUCCCCAGCCAUCGGCCUACAGCCCCGGGCUGUGUCCACCACUCACCUGGCUUCCUGCACACAGGUGCUGUCUGAGACUUCAUCUUCAAGACCCGGUGGCUACCGGCUGUUUUCAUCUUCACGUCCCCCAGCAGAGAUGAAGCAGAGCGGCCUAGGCUCACAGUGCACAGGGCUGUUCAGCACCACAGUGCUGGGCGGCUCCUCCAGCGCUCCGAAUCUUCAGGACUACGCCCGCAGCCAUGGCAAAAAACUCCCGCCUGCCAGUCUAAAGCACCGAGAUGAGCUGCUGGAUGACCAGCACCCUGUGGUCCGGUUGCUGCGCACUUUUUCCUCUGACUGCCCAAGGGGCUGGCCAGUUUCCUUGGAUGCCACGCUGGCGCACCACCUGCACCAGUGCUCCUACCACCUGCGCCUCUUCCGGAACUGGCUGCGCUCAGGCCAGGAUGACCCCGAGUGCCUCUACGGAUUUGAAGGGUGCUCCAUGGUACCUACCAUCUACCCCUUGGAAACACUACACAAUGCCCUUUCCCUGCGUCAAGUGAGUGAGUUCUUGACUAGAGUCUGCCAGCGCCACACUGAUGCCCAUGCACAGGCAUCUGCAGCCCUCUUUGACUCUAUGCACAACCCGGCCUCAGACAGCCCGUUUUCCCCACCCCGUACUCUCCAUUCGCCACCGCCGCAACUCCGGCAUCGUUCUGAAAAACCACCAUGGUACAGCAGUGGUCCUUCCAGCACCGUGUCCAGUGCUGGCCCUUCCUCUCCUACCGCAGCGGAUGGAAACUCACAUUUUGGCUUCAGUGAUCAGUCCUCUGUAAAUACACAUAUGACUGAAGAAAACCAAGGCCUUGGGCUGCUCCGGGAGCCUCCUGGAGAUGGAACACAAGAGUUCCCUGUAGAAAGACAGCAAGAGCUUGUGGAGCCCGAUCACUCUCCUCAGGAGUCACCUGUGGAAACCAGCCCUCUAGAAGGCCAGGAUGUUGCUGAGGUCAGCCAGGUAUGCCAGGAGGUCCCAGAUACCACCCAGACAUGCUCUAGCAUCCUUGAGGAGGUCCCUGACAUCAGCCAGCUGUUCCUGAAGAACUAUGACACUACCACCAGCACAUGUCAAACAUGCCAGAAGGCCAACCAGCUGUCUCAGAAGGCUCAUGAAGAAGUUGGCCAGCUUUAUCAAGACAACCCUGAGGAGAGUAACCAGCUGUGCCAGGAGGUCCCUGUGGAGCUGGGCAGGAUGGCCCAUGGAGUCCCUGUAAGCGUUGGUAGCAUGGUCCAGGAAACAGUUAUGGAAAUUGGCAGGCCAACCCAAGAGAUCCAUGAAGAGAUCGGCCCGCCAUGCCAGGAAUUCUCUGUGGAGGUUGGCAUACUGGCUCAGGAGGUCCCUGCCAUCAUCGAAUUGUCUCAAGACAUUCCUGAGGCUGGCACACCAUCCCAAGAGUUCACUGAGGAGGCUAGUCUGCAGGCUCAGGUGGUCUCUGAGGAGACUGAUCAGGACUCCAGGGAGGAUCUCCCCCAAGGCCAGGGUCCAUCUAGUGAUGCAAACACUGAAAGUCAGUCUCUGGCCCGUGACCAGCAUUCAUCCCUUCCAUCAGCAACAUGUAAUUAGUCGCUUUCCCACUGGUGUCCUCCACCAGCCAUCUGAGCCAGGAGCCUUUCUGUUGGCUGACACACUAGCCAGAGCAAGGCCUGGGCUCACAUCAGGGAUGUCUGAGGAAGUAGGCCUUCUGGCAUAAAACAUAUGCCUGAGGGGGAGCUAAUUUAUGUUCAGAGCAGCUAUUAGCUCUUCACUAGCUGUGGGGUAGGAAAUCGUAGAUUGUUCAAGGAAAUGCCACUUAACUGUUGAUACUGUUGAGGGGACAGCAAAUAUGCAGUGGAAGGCAGAAGGCUUUCUACUUGUUGAAGGAAAUAUUCCCAACUUCUUAAAGUACCCUCAGACCAUAUGUGCAUUCAAAGAAGCUUUUGUCUUCACUGUCACAGGCAGGCCCAGGGCAGCCGCCCGAAAUGUCUGCAGGAUAGAGUUGCCUUCUCGCAAACAUCUGUCAUGGCCACUCAUGGUUUAAACUGGGCUUAUGGGUGUUUCUGUACAACUGCCAAGUGCUCCCUCUGCCCUAGUCCUGCUCCUCUGGACAGUGACUCUAGAGAAAAGUAGAUAUUAGAUUGCCAUGCAACUUCAGGGUGACUACCUGCUCUGGGAGAUUUGGAUCAAUCUAUGAAGCUAGGCCUCCUUUUGUUGUGAGGCUGUUGGGUUUAGAAGAUGCUAUAGUAGAGAGAAUCAAGUUCUAUUUUAAGCAAUUAGCAGAGAUCAAUGUUGUACAGACAUGAGCAAAGAUUUAAUAUAUAUAUAUAUAAACAUAUAUAUUUCUGUAGUUUGCCAGGGACUGGCCAAAGAUCAAACACUCCAGGGUCCCCAAGAGGUUUGUCCUUAUAUCAUGUGUCUUUAGGACCAUAUAUGAUUAUGAAGCUUUUCCCAAAGAUCUAGGGGUGGGAGUGGGCGUGGAUAAUACAGUCAUUCGUGUCAGGGGCCGGGACAUAACGAGUGCUCAAUAAAUACGAGAUAAUGAGAACA